AAGUUUAUUGAACAGAGUUCCCGCAGUCGAAUUUUCACGUGUCGGAUUUUAUUUUUCAAUAAAAAAGCCCCUCAAAAGCGAGUGAUAAAAGCGAACCAGUGAAAAAUGGCGAGGAAAAAAAACGAAGAAUACAGCGGCGAUGAAGAAGAGCCCGAUUUCGAGGAUCCCGAAGGAUUCGUAGAUGAUAUAACUGACGAAGAGCUCUUGGCUGAUUUAUUGAAAAAGAAGCCAUGUGAAACCGAUGGCAUGGAAAAUGUCGUUGUUGUAGAUAAUAUCCCGAAAGUAGGUCCAACUCGUCAAGAUAAGUUAAAUAGCAUUAUCCGGAAGAUUUUCGGUACUUGCGGAACAAUCGUGAAUGUCGAGUAUCCAAAAGACGAAGAAGGAAACACGAAAGGAUUCGCUUUCUUGGAAUACAAGGAUAGCACGAGUGCUGAAGAAGCUGUUAAAGUGUUGAAUAAUCAUCGUCUCGAUAAGGCACACACAUUCAAUGUGAAUCUUUUCACCGACUUUUCGAAGUACGAGCAUAUCCCCGAAGAAUGGUCUCCUCCUGAACCGCAACCCUUCAAAGUGCAAAAUGAUUUGUACAAUUUCUUGUCGGAGCCUGAUGCGCACGAUCAAUUUUGCGUCGUUGCUGAAACGAUUCCCAACAGCGUUCAAGUUCAAUUUUGGCAGAAUACGCAACCUGAACUCACGGAGCUGUUAACGCGUGAGAAAUUCACGGAGAACUUUAUUAAAUGGUCCCCCAAUGGCACGUACAUCGUAACUUUCCAUAAGCAAGGCGUUAUGCUAUGGGGAGGCACAAGUUUCACGAAAGUCAACAAAUUCGCACAUCCCUCAACGCAAAUAGUCGAUUUUUCGCCGUGUGAACAAUAUUUGGUAACAUACGGUCCAUCGCCAAGCGGGCAAAAGAUCACAAUUUGGGAUAUCCGAAGCGGAUUGGAAAAGCGUUCGUUCGUCAACGAGAACAUGGAUAACAUUUCGAUGUUCAAAUGGUCGAAAGACGACAAAUAUGUUGCUUCGAUGGGCGAUGGAGCAAUCCAUAUUUACGAAACACCCAGUUUCUAUUUGCUCGAAAUGAAAUCCAUCAAAGUACCCGGAAUCAAGAGUUUCAGUUGGUCUCCGACGGAAAAUGUCAUAGCUUAUUGGGUUGCGGAAGAGACUGAUGUCCCGGCGAAAGUAACGUUACUCGAGAUUCCUCGCAAACGUGAAAUUCGUACGAAGAAUUUGUUCAACGUAGCUGACUGUAAUAUUCAUUGGCAAAAAUCUGGCGAUUAUUUGUGCGUUAAAGUAGAUCGGUAUACAAAAUGCAAAAAGGACAAGAAAGAUACCGAACCAAAAUAUUACGGAAUGUUCUAUAACUUUGAAAUUUUCCAUAUGCGCGAGAAGGAUAUACCCGUUGACUCGGUUGAAAUCAAGGAAAAUAUUCAUGCGUUCGCAUGGGAGCCCGUUGGAUGCAAAUUUGCCAUUAUUCACGGCGAAGCAAGUAAUGCAAGCGUUAGUUUUUACGAAACGAAGAAAGGGCAAAAACCACAAUUGAUCAAAAAAAUGGAGAAGAAAGUUUGCAGUCAUCUAUUUUGGUCUCCGAGAGGGCAAUUUGUCGUUCUUGCAAACUUACAAGGAGGCUCAUUCGAGUUUGUCGAUACAAAUGACUUUGUUACGAUGAACAGCGGAGAUCAUUAUCGAGCUUCUGACGUUGAAUGGGACCCAACAGGAAGAUAUGUCAUGACAGGAGUUUCUUCAUAUAAAGUUAAAGAAGAUCACGGAUAUUACUUAUGGUCGUUCCAAGGUCGAAUCCUUAAGCGAUGCAACUUGAAAAACUUUAUUCAAUUCUCAUGGCGUCCUCGUCCCCCAACGCUACUUUCUGUCGAACAACAGAAGGAAAUCAAGAAGAACUUGAAGAAAUACUAUCAACAAUUCGAGAGCAAGGAUCGUAUGAGAAUGACACGAGCAUCCAAGGAACUUCUCGAGAAACGCGCCAAACUCCGUGAACAAUUCAUGGAAUACAGACAGAAACGUAUUGUCGAAUGGGAAGAUCAAAAACUCAAACGUUUACAAUUACGCAACAAUAUUGACACUGAUAAAUUAGAUGCCGACGCAAGCAACGUAGAAGAAGAAAUUGUCGAAUUUUUGGUGAAAGAAGAAACAACUCCUCUCGAGUAAUCAACAUAACCAAACGACUGUAUUCAAUCCACGGUGUCUUAUUUCAAUUUUUUACCUAAAAAUUAUAGCGGGACAUUGUGUGAUUCUUUUUCCCAUUUUUUCCAUCAUCCAACAAGAACUUUGUAAGACUAAAGUCAAGAACAAGAAAUCGCGCAUUUUUAGUAAAAUUUUCUACGAUUCUUCGAUACCAAUUAACUUCAGGUCAAAACUUUUAAAUAACUAAAAAGAACUUAGCUGAUAUAGAUAUUUAAUGAUGAGCUAUGAAGCAAAUUAUAAAAGUUAUUCAAUUUAUUGUAAUAAAUACUAUAUUAAUAGGAAGUAUCAAAUAAUGUUUUCAAAUGUAGUAAACAAGAAUAAACAUUUAAUAAAUACUUUUUGUUCGUGCAUAGUCUUCAA